UAUCACCAGAGUAUAAACCGGGUUAACUUAACUAAAAACGGGUGCGGAUUGCUUAUUGUGAUCGUUAACUCUAUUGCCGCGUCAUAUCCUGGGAAUCGGGAACAAAUCAAUGACAAUUAGUUGAUGUCAUCGGACAUCUCCCGGCACCGUCUAUCGGGGCCCUUUCCUUGUUCUAAGAAGGAUAUAAAAUAAACAUUAACUUCGAUAAUAAAUCAAUAUUGAAGUCACCAAAGAACCAUAGGCAAUUCAUCGAGAAUAAAGACCAAAGUUUACCCCUAACCCCUUUUUUACGCGACCAUGAGCGACCCAAAUAACCCCAACAUUCAGCAACGCAGCACGCCGCAAUGGGCACUCUACCAAAGAGAACUAUUUUGGGCCCCGAACGAUGAUAAACAUGCACCGUUUAACACACACCCCGACAAGCUCAGGGAGACAGCCAAGGAACGCCUGAGCCAGUCCGGAUGGCACUACGCAUCCUGCAACGCAGGCCUCUCAUGGACGCACUACGCCAACCGUCAAGCAUUCUACCGACACCAAAUCAUCCCACGUAUGCUAGUCGACACAAACCACCGGGACACCGCAACCACCAUCUUCGGCCACCGGGUCUCGGCCCCCAUCGGCUUCGCUCCGAUCGGGAUUAACCGAAUCUACCACGCGACCGGCGAACUUUCACCCGCCAAAGUCGCCGGGGAGUUAAACCUUCUAUACUGUUUAAGUUCAGCCGGUAGCUACAGCAUCGAAGACGUCGCUAAGGCUAACGGAGACGGAAGUCCGCGUUUUUUCCAAUUAUACUGGAGUCCCGAUGAUAGCGUCGCGUUAUCGAUGCUUAAACGCGCUGCGGAUAAUGGGUAUACGGCUUGUAUGCUGACGACGGAUACUUGGCAGUUGGGCUGGCGACAUGAUGAUGCUGCGCAUGGGAAUUAUGCGUUUUAUCACGAGCACGGGGCUGGUGACCUUGGAUUGCAAGAUCCGGCUUUUUUGAACCGGCUGCGUGAGGCUAAACUCGAUGCAUCGGAUCCGAAGGAUAAGAAACGCGUUGGCGCGGAUUGGAUUGAUAAGCAUAUUUGGCAUGGACAGGCGUUCUCAUGGGAGCGGAUCCCGUGGCUCAUGGAGAAUUGGAAGAAAUUGAGUGGUGGGAAGCCGUUUUGUAUUAAGGGUAUUCAGAGCGUGGCAGAUGCAAAGAAGGCGGUUGAGCUUGGUGUUGAUGGGAUUGUGGUUUCGAAUCAUGCCGGACGACAGGUUGAUGGGGCGAUCGCGAGUUUAGAUGCGCUGGAGAAGAUCGCGGAGGCCGUCGGAGAUAAGAUUUAUAUUAUGUACGACUCAGGAAUUCGCGGCGGAGCCGACGUCUUCAAGGCACUUGCGCUCGGCGCCAAGUUCGUGUUUAUCGGACGCCUAUGGGUGUAUGCCUUGAGCUCCGGCGGUGAAGAGGGCGUGAGACACGUUCUAAAGGGUCUAUUGGCAGAUUUUGACAUAUUGAUGAACGUCGCAGGGUAUCCCGACUUGAAGGGUAUCAGCCGGGAUGCAUUAGACUCGCUGCCAAAGGGUGCUUACUUCCCUUCUACUACCGAGAUGGCUUGAACGCCGAAUAUCUUGGGUAGGAUUUACGAUAGGGGAGGAUAAAUAGCUUGCGAAUUGUUGAUUUCUCGAUCACGUAGCAAAUAGGGUCGAAUAGCUGACAAAGGGAAUAUUGAUUGUGUC